AUGUCCCACAACGUCAAAGUAUCCUCCGGCGGCGGUCUGGCCGUCCCCUCUCCCAGCAGGCCCCUCCGCUCCGCCAGCAGCCCCUUCCCCACCCACAACCCCACCCACACCUACGUCGAGUACCCGCGUGUCUUCUACCCCUCCGCCCUCCUCAUGCGAUGCAGACCAACCCUCCAAGCCCUCACUAUCUACAACCCCAUAUCCCACACCACCAACACGCUCUUCAAAACCCCCAACGGCCCCGCCGACAUCGCUCACAUCGAUGCGCAGACCAUUGUCGUCAGCUGCGCCGUCAUCAACUCCGCACUGGCAGUCAGUUUUGGCCCAGACUCUCGAUACAACUUCACCCACGCCCUCCCCGCGGCCACCCCGAAGCUCUCGGCCGAGAUCUUUGCCGUGCAAAAGUGCCUCAAGCUGGGAAGGGCCAUUGCGAACGUGUUUGGCCCGGACAGAGUCGCAGUGAUGCGGAUUGUGGUGGCGACGAGUAGUAGGGAGAUUGUGGAGGCUAUGACGAAGUGGCUGGAGGAGUGGACGAAGAAUGAGGCCUUGCCGGUUCAGAGGACGUUUGAGGAGUUUGGGGACCCGGCGGACCGCAAGGCGAUGGAAAGGAUGGAUAGAUUUGUGGAGGAGAUUGUGGAGGAGGAUGGGACGGAGGUGGAAUUUUGGCUCUUGGAGGAUGAGAGCUUGCAUGAGACGGAGGUGUUGGUGAGGGAGAAACUGAGGGAGGUUAAGUGA